AUGGCGCUUCUCAAUCCCGUCUACGGCCUCAUUGUGCCCUUCCUCUUCGUGGUGACGCUGCCGUUGGCCAUCUUCGCCGGCAUCACUACUACUAUCGCCUUCGCUCUGCUCAUGUUCCGCGUCGUUAUUGUCUAUCUCGAUCUCGCCUUGCACCUGAUCCCACAGUAUUUUGCCGGCGGCCAGCGGGGUCUACAUGCCCUCCCCCGCGGCUAUCACGGCGGUCACGCACUGACGUCGCCCACGAGCGCCGUGAGCAUCAGCAGCGGCCAGAGCAGCCCGACGCACUCGUUCUCCCGGCAGAACGGGGGACGGUACCGGCGGCGUCGGCUGAGCGGCGCGGGCAGCAGCGGCUCGCUGGGGAGCCUGACGCCCAAGAGCGACAAUGGCAACGGGAGCAACAACAACAACAACAGCGGCAGCCUGCAGGGCUCCAUGCUGAUCCCGUCUGUGGGGAUGAGCCGGGACUUUGAGGGCGUGGGCGGCUGGCGGCUGGACGACCAGGACGAUGGGGUCUGGAUGCAGAUCAACUCGCGGCUGGAGCUGCCCAUGGAGCGGAGCAGCGGCCGGGGCCACCACUGGGCAUCUCCCUCUGGGGUGCCCAGCACGCCGGCGGCGGAGGGCAGCUGGGUGGUGAUGCAGCCCGCCGCCCGACCGAGGUCCAAGGACGGCUCGCCGGAGAGCGGCAACGGCAAUGGGCCCCGAGGUAGAGAGGCACCAGCCAAGGAGCGAAGCUUUGUUUCGCCCAACAGCUCACGAGUGAGGACGCCGACUGCCGCGCCGCACGCUCUAACGGCCAUGGAUCGCGAACAGUCAUACUUUGCCUCGCCCACUAAACAGGGGAGGAAAGUUGCGUGA